AUGGUUAAUCUUGACAGUGAGACAAGUAAUGCUAUACAACAAUUAGUUGAUUUAAAUAAGUUACUACUCACUGGAACAGAGCAGGAUGUACAAAAAGUUAUUGAUUUUACUUCAGAAAUCAUCAAAUUAGGUUUUAUAUCUAUAAAAGGAGCACUCAAAAUGUUCGAAGCAAUCGGUCUUGCUAAAAAUCCACGUUUCUUCUUUGCAUUAAUCCAACAAAUUUCUUCAAAUUCCCUCUUCGAUUACGAAAAUAAUAAAAAAAUCUUAAAGACACCACAUUAA